GUUUAUAUUAUCCACUUUUUGUGUUUUAUCCAGUUUUAUUUUAUUUUACAUAUUGUUAUACAUGCGGCACGUUUUAGCGUGCGCUCAACUGCCAACAUUGAAAUACAAGCAACAAUAUUACUUCCUCAUCGAAAUGCACAACAGUUUUGUAUUUUAAAUGCUGCCACUCGAGUGACUCUCCAAAUAGUCCGAAAUGCGCGCGCGUGCCAUCAUUAUCAUUUUUAGCAUCUGCUGCGGCUGCUGCUGCAGCGAUCGAUCCUUGGUUUCUGCUGCUAGGCUGCGACGCCAGGUGGUGCAGCCGGUAUGGCUAAUGCGGCCCGAUUUGCUCCCCUCUGCGCAGGCGGCCAAGGUGAAUGUGACGCCGCAAAAGCUGGAGGAAGUCGCUGCCCUGCGGGCCACCAUUCAAAAGGCGGUCAACGAUGGCACCUACGUGGUGGCCGCCAGUCCACAACAGUUCAUAUCAAGUUUGGGUCAACCCACAAAUCCUCUAGCAGCUGGAGCACAAUUUCCAAUGCCUGUGCUGCCAGCUUUUCCGACUUGGCUGCGACCGGGUAAGCUAGGCAUGCAGUUCGAUAUAUCCGAGAGUCUUCGCGGUUCGUUGCGAUCGUUAGCGAUCGAAGAGACGGGGCAGCUUUAAAAGACGACGCGACUUGAGAAA